AUGGUUGGAGACAAAUCGGAAGGAAUAGACGAACCUGUUAUCGCACAACCUCCUUGGCCAGCCCCUAAAACCAGCAUGAAGCUUAUAUUCUUUGAUGAUUUUAACUUUCUGGACAAAUCGAAGUGGUUGUUGGCCGCAAGCUCAAGCAUGUCGAAAGGACAGCAUGGUGAGUUUGAAAUGUACACUCCUGACGCAUCUAACUGUUUUGUGAAAGACAGCAAGUUAUUUCUACAGCCGACCUUAACAGCCGACAGGUUUGGAGAAAGCUUUCUUCACAACGGAUUUCUUAACUUCACUGAAAAGUGGGGUUAUUGUUAUCCCACUUGGAACGAGGGUUGCGUCCGGAACACGACCACAGACGGGAUUAUGCCCCCUGUUUUGUCGUGUUACAUGAAGAGCAAGUUUUACUUCCGCUAUGGUAAGGUGGAGAUAAUCGCCCAGAUGCCGCGGGGAGAUUGGCUGUGGCCAGCUUUGUGGUUUAUGCCUGAGUUCAGCGUGUAUGGUGGAUGGCCGCGCUCUGGGGAGAUCGACAUGACAGAACUAUUAGGAAACAUGAACUAUGGGAGUGUUGGAAUCCAGAGAACUAGAGCUUCUCUUCACUUUGGAAAUGAUCGGGACCAUGACACACAUCUUACCAAUCAUCAUGUAUAUAUAGACGAUUUCCUCAUCCUGGGCACCCCGACGCCUCCCGAGGGUUUUCAUGAUCACUAUAAUAUUACCGGCCCGAAUAUCUGGGGAAGCUCUCAGAAUGCGCCAUUUGAUCAGCCGUUUUACAUCAUAAUGAACAAUGCUGUGGGUGGUACCGGUGGUAUCUUCCCCGACAAUGUACCGAAACUUCCCUACCCCAAGCCCUGGUCAAACAACGAUUCCCCACCCACAGCUAUGGACAAAUUCUGGAGACAUAAGGAUCAGUGGUAUUCCACCUGGAACGGGGAAGACGCUGCCGUCAAAGUUCAGUCUGUCUCUGUUUGGAGCUAUUGA